UGCAUAAAAAUUUCAGUGCCGACGAGGAAGAGUGUGUUGGAUGUUCAUUUUCCAACUUGAUACCGCGUUCGCUCACUCUCAACUUCAAUUAAUCAAUCACCAAAACGAAAUCAAACCCCCACACUUUCUCUCUCUCUCCUUCAAAUCCCAAAUUUCCAAAAUCUGAAUCAAACACAGUAAAGACACAGAAACAUCUCACUCAACAACAACACUUCAGAUCUACGUUUCCACUCUCGGAACAGAAAAAAGAAAGAAAACCCCUUCUAUAGCGACACCGACGAUUUCUCAUAGCGCCCUCAAAAUGGCGCGGACACCCUUCACUUCGUUCCCCUUCCUCCUCAUUACUCUUCUGUCAAUUCUCCACCUUGCGCACUGCAAGACCCUCAAGCGUGAUGUUAAGGCUUUGAACGAGAUCAAGGCUUCUCUUGGUUGGAGAGUGGUGUAUGCGUGGGUCGGUGAUGAUCCUUGUGGAGAUGGGGAUCUUCCUCCGUGGUCGGGUGUCACUUGUUCCACUGUCGGUGAUUAUCGUGUCGUCACCGAGCUUGAGGUGUAUGCGGUGUCGAUUGUUGGACCUUUUCCUACUGCUGUUACCAGCUUGUUGGAUCUUACACGGCUUGAUCUCCAUAAUAACAAGUUGACAGGGCCUAUUCCUCCUCAAAUUGGACGGUUGAAGCGUCUUAAAAUACUAAAUUUGAGGUGGAACAAACUACAGGAUGCAAUUCCUCCAGAAAUUGGUGAGCUUAAAAGUUUAACACAUCUGUACCUAAGCUUCAACAAUUUCAAGGGAGAAAUUCCCAAGGAGCUAGCAAAUCUCCCGGACCUUCGCUACCUUUAUCUCCAUGAAAACCGAUUAACCGGAAGAAUACCACCAGAAUUGGGCACCCUGCAAAACUUGCGGCACAUGGAUGUUGGUAACAAUCAUUUGGUGGGUACCAUAAGGGAACUCAUUCGAAUUGAAGGUUGCUUUCCGGCACUACGCAAUCUAUAUCUAAACAAUAAUUAUUUUACUGGAGGAAUACCUGCACAGCUUGCUAACUUAACCAGUCUUGAAAUCUUGUACCUGUCCUACAACAAAAUGUCAGGAGUUAUACCAUCUAGCAUUGCUCAUAUUCCUAAAUUGACUUACUUGUACUUGGAUCACAAUCAGUUUUCAGGGAGAAUUCCAGAACCCUUUUACAAGCAUCCAUUUUUGAAAGAAAUGUACAUCGAGGGAAAUGCAUUCCGGCCUGGUGUCAACCCCAUUGGUUUUCAUAAAGUGCUUGAAGUUUCUGAUUCAGACUUCAUUGUUUAAUGAAGUUCGAAAUAUUUAUAUUUUUUUCAGGAAGUGUACUUGUAUAAUUGCUGAAACAAUUGUUCCUCUAAUUAUCCCAAUGAAAUAGUCAAAUAGGUAAUUCAAUUUUGUCUAAUAUGUCAUGUCAUAAUAAACAGUGUUUAAGUUUAAUAUUUAAGAGCUUUUCACGUCUCCAAAAUGUUGUAUUAUAGAUAGUAUUGGAUCUUGAUAUCAACUUCAAAAAUUGAGGGAUGAUAUUUCAUAUAUUUUUUUCAAUGAAAAAGUAAUAUUACUGUGCGCAAA